UAUUAAUUUUGUUCUAGAAAAAUAAAAGAGAAUAAAGCCAAUAUGAAAAUAGCUGCAGUGUUUUUGGCAACGUGCCUCGUAGCUUGGCAAAUCAAGGCUAAGACGAUUUAUGAUGAACUGGAAAAAGACAUGCAGCAAGAUGAUCUUAGCAGUUUGUUGCACAGUAUUCAGGAUGAAGUGAAGGAGAUAAAUAAUGAUAUUACAUCGAAAGAUUCUGAAAAUGCUCAUGAUAACAUGAAAACUGAAUACUGGAUUAACAUGCGAAAUGGUUAUCACCACAAGGAACAAAAGUUUAAUGGUGACAACGAUGACGAUGAUGAAACAAGUGACGAUGAACGGAAGAGAGCUGUCGGCGUAAACAUUACACCAUGGCCAAAAAACGCUUUUGAUGAAUUAAUCAUACCUUACACGAUUGACGCUUCAAUUAUUCCUGGAUCAUUAAAGCACACAAGACUUCUGAGUUUCAUUGGUCAAAUGAAUAAUCUAAUUAGAUGUAAUGCGAACGCAUGGAGACCACGAACAACUGAGGCAGAAUACGUUGUGUUUCAGGACUCCACUGGAUGCUCAAGUUUUGUUGGUAAAGUAACUAAUCAACAACCGCAGCCGAUCAAUUUAGCAGAUGGAUGUGUGCUAAAUAAUGACGGUACUGUGUUGCAUGAAAUGAUGCAUGCUAUGGGUUUUUUUCAUGAACAUCAGAGAAGUGAUAGAGAUUCAUUUGUUACAAUAAACUCUGAAAAUAUAAUGGCAGGCAGAGAAAACAAUUUUGUACAACUGAACACGCAAUCCUUUAACACACCAUAUGAUUACGGUUCCGUCAUGCACUAUGGCCGCACAUUUUUCUCAGCUAAUGGACAAGAUACCAUAACACCAUUGCAAAGUGGGGUUACCAUUGGACAAAGAAAUGGUCCAUCACCAACCGACAUACUUCAAAUAAAUAGACUUUAUGGCUGUCCAGAAGAAACAACCACAACUACGACAACACCGACAACAACAACUACGACAACAUCAACGACAACGACAACAACGCCGACAACUACAACCACAACCAUAACAACGCCAACUACUACGACAACGACAACACCAUCAACAACUACAACAACACCGACAACAACCACAACGACACCCACUACAACGACAACAACUACAACAACACCGACCACAACUUCCACCACGACGGGACCAACUGCCCCCUCAACUGGAAUACUUUUAGGAAGUUGUGAUUACGAAAGAAGAAAAUAUGGAUGCAGAUACAAUCAGUUUAGGAUAGUUAAUGAUCGAAAUAACCGGUACCUAACUUACUCACCCUCCUCGAGAUGUGUAGAGUAUUCCAGAUCUUCGCGUGGAUGGUUGGGAAGAAGAAGAACUUGUGUCAGGAGAAGAUCUAGAAAUGGAUUUGUCAGCUUAACUGCGUUUGUCAUAAGAUCAAAUCUCCCAGCAUUAAACUGUACAUGCUCGCGGAGGGAAUGCAGCGAUAAGAAGUACUGCGUUUCUUUUUCGUAUCGACGACGUGGGGUACAAACACCACCAAUUACAUCGGUGGAAGUUUCCUUGUACGCACGUUGUGUCAAAACGUCUGAUUACCAAUGCGUGAAUGCUACUGUUGAUUUGACACCGACUAACACCUUUAACACACACCAUGUCGAGUUCCAUUCCAAGUGUGCAACAUCUUUUCAGGCAAGAAUCAAAACAAUGAAGGGAGGUGACACAGUCGAUAUUGACAAUUUCAAACUAACCACUGAUGCCUGUCCUGUUCAAAGUAAAGAUACAGAAUCAUAUAAUGCUGAACCAAAAAGAGAGGUGUUAAAAGAAAGAUUGAUGGAUAUUCAAUCUAAACUCCAAACAGUACGCGACACUUUGGUAAAGCUUGGAUAAACAAAGAAACAAAAUGAUUUCUACGAAUUUGGCGGCGAUAAAUUCGUCAACAAUGUUGCUGAUUGAUUUAUUUUCAAUAAUAUUAUUAUUAAAAGGAAAUUGUGUUCAUAUUUUUGAAUUUUUCCGAUGCAAUCAUUUUUUGGAAUUUUCCAUAAACAUUUAUCUAGCUUAUUGAAUAACUACUUGCAACUUUAAGUGUCUAUCGUCAAUCUGUUAACUGAACUACAAAUCUACGACGUGUCAAUAAAAUAUUUUGAUUUGGUUAUCAAGAAACGUUUUCUUAUUUGAGGUUAAAUCGUUGAAGUCGUGUUUAUCAAAAGUUUUUCGUUAAAAAGCAACUAGUUAAAUUCACUAACAACCCUAGUGCGAACGACGCUUGAGCAGCCUUGUGGUCCUUACAAAUAACAAGACACGCUUUCUACAAUUAUAUUCUUUAUUUGUGUUUUAGUUGUAUGUAAACGGCUGUUUAUUGUAUUUGUUAAAAAUGACAAAAUGACUAUACUAUUAUUGUUA